UGUAUUAUUGCCGAAAGACCGUGAAGUUAUAGGCAGACGUUUGAAGAGCGUCAGUUUGUCGCAAGAUUUUAUUGCGCGUAUCAAAUUUUAUAACGAGAUUAUUUGUCUUAUCAUAUGAACUUUCUCAUAUUAUCUAAUAUCAUACAAGAAAAUUUUUAUUUAAAAUGUAAUUUAGUUACCAUUUUACGUUUGUUUCUGUAUAUACAUUUGUGAGCGAUUAAUUUGGAAAUACAUUAGUAGACAACAUCGAAGAAUAUAUACAUAUUAAAGAUGCUUAUACUGGCAUUAACAUUUAAAAUAAUGGCGAUUUGUGGUUGCGCACGACUGGAUUCCUGGCCAACCUCGUACAAACGGUUAGUUUAUCAUGUGUAUACGAUUUUCGUAAUGUUAUUAAUACAUACAUUUAUGCUAUCGCAAUUGGUGGACCUUAUUAUGAUCGUCGAUAAUUCCGACGAUUUCACCGAUAAUUUCUAUGUGCUACUCGCUAUGAUCGUUUCUUGCUGUAAGAUGUUCGCUCUAUUGGUAAAUCGCAGUAACAUUAAGAUGUUAAUCGAAAUUCUUACGAGUAAACCGUUCAAACCGGUUGAACCGGACGAGCUGAAGAUUCGACAGAAAUUCGAAAAACUCAUACAGUCAAAUACGCUUCACUAUACUAUCCUGGUCGAGACAACGUGUCUAUCUGUUGCUGUGACUUCAUUAUUAACGGAAUACAGAAAAGGAAAUCUGACCUUUCGAGGAUGGUUACCGUUCGAUUAUACUUCGCCGCAACUUUUUCCACUCGUAUAUGCUCAUCAAUUGAUAAGUUUUACAAUGGGAUCUGUACAUCACGUGGCUUGCGACAGUCUCAUAUGUGGAUUUCUGGUGCACAUUUGCUGUCAGAUAGAGAUACUGGAAUACCGUUUGAGAAAAAGCGCACGCAAUCCCAACAUUCUUCGCGAGUGUGUUCUUCAUCACAACCAUAUAUUCAAGUUUGCUAGUAUAGUGAAUGAAAAAUUUAGACUAACUAUAUUUAUCCAGUUUGUUGUGAGUACAUUGGUGAUGUGUUUUAAUUUGUAUCAAUUUACCAAGUCAACAGCAUUAAAAACAAAGUAUAUGCAAUUGAUAUUAUAUACGUGCUCUAUGCUAUCACAAAUCUUUUUUUAUUGUUGGUACGGGAAUGAAGUUAAAUUAAGAAGUCGGCAGUUGAUAAAUAAUGUAUUCGAAAUGGAAUGGUUUAAGUUUAAUGAAAACGGUCAAAAAGCUUUACUAAUGAUCGUGAGACGUGCUGCAGUACCAAUCGAAUUUACAAGUGCCAGUGUUAUUUCUAUGAAUCUGGAUUCAUUUGUAGGUUUGCUUAAGACGUCAUAUUCAGCUUAUAACAUACUUCAACAAACGCAAGGAUCAUAAUGGACGCAUUCAGUAGCAAAAAAAGAAUCACAUUGAACAUAUGUAGGAGUAAAAAUAUCGGUGACAUAUUAUACAAUGUGAAUCCAUGUCACAAAUAUGUGGACAUAAAUAUCUUAUAUAUAUAUAUAUAUAUAUAUAUAUAUAUAUAUAUAUAUAUAUAUAAAGUUUUAUUUAAUACUGAUAAUUAACUCUUGUAUUAUUAAUAUCAUAAACAAAAAAAACUGAAAUAUUUGUAUAAUAAUUUUUAAUACCUUAUUUUAAAAUGUGAGUUUUAUUUACAUUGCAUGAUUAUAAUUCUAUUACAUAACCAUACAAAAAUAGACUUUUUUUCGGGACCUGAAUAAGCAAAAUAUUUUCUGAUGAACUUUUGGUCGCUGAAAACAAAUUCGGCGUAAUUGGCUAUUAAUAUAUAUAAAUUAAUAAUUCAUUAUAUUUUUAUCUUAAUUCGUAAAUUUGAUAUUUUUAUACGGUUUAAAAAAUUUAUGGAAAGGUUGCCUAAAUCUUACAGCAUGUUACAAAACAGUUUAUAAUAAAUUAAUAUGUUACUGGUAAAAGGUUGUUUAAUCUUUUACCAAUAACAUUAAUUUAUUAUAACAUUAUUAUAAUUCUUUUUACAAGUAUUUGAAACAUCAAGUUAAAUUUUCAACGUUCAUUUCUGUAUAAAUCAGUACUAAAAUAAAAAAUAUUUUGAGUGAAAAGAGCAUUUGGUAACUAUUCUUUACUAAGCAUUAGCAAUCUUUUCUUACGUAUAUAUUUGUAGAAAUAUAUUUAUAAAAUGAAUAUUGCGGUUCGAUGUUAUGACUUUAUAAAUAAAAGAAAAUUAAAAGGAAGGGUGAUUGAAGUAUUAUAAGUAUUAUCGAUGUAUGAGAAACAUCUAUAGUUAAACAGGAAGUUUAGACUUUUAACUGACUCUCAAAAAAUUUAAAUAUAGCAAGAAUUUAAGUUUCGAUAUCGAAGAUUAUAUAUUAUCCGAGUAUAAUACUACUACGCUAAUACUUUACAAAGGUAUACUAUAAUCAACUAUUCAAUAUUUUAUUAUCCUGUAUUUCAUUUACCCUACGAAAAACUUGUUGCAUUAUACUAUACGUAUAUAUAAUUACCCUACGUCGUCUUGCGGCGUGCACGUAAAUUUUGCUCUUGCAUAUGUACGUAUUACAUGUUGAGUUAUAAAAAAAUUAUUUCAUGAGAGAAUUUGUGAGGGAUACGUUGUAAAAUAAAUAAUAGAGUAAUUGUCCAUUGUGUAGGGUAAGAGUGUGGACACUGGAUAGCCACAGCUAAGAAAUUCGAUCCGUAAGGCUAUAGACAGUUGACAUUCGCCAGUCAUCCUAAAGAUUUCAUUGCGUGCUAAUAUUUAUCAGUUAUGGUUGUUUAAAUCAAAAUAUUUUUUCGUAGUAAUUUGAUUUUUUUAAUUUUUUAAAUUCUUUAUGGUAAAUAUCUAUAAAAAUAUUUACUUAUAAUUGUUAGGAAAUUCUUUUA